AUGAAUUUAACUUCGGUUACUAAUCCAAAUCUUGUCAAACCUAUUUCUUUUGCUGAUACGGUGAAGGGAAGGAAAACCCUAAACCCUACCACCAUUGAUUUAUCAACGUUACCAAACCCUACUCUCAAAGAGGGAGAGCCGGCUCUGGAAAUACCUACAGAUCUGUUUCAAGAGGGAUGCAAGCGCUUUCAACACAGUCUCAUUGCGAGACUUGAUUUUACAGGCCUGAAGUUCAGUGAGGUUAAACAAACCCUAAUGGAGCAAUGGAAGUUUUCUUCCAUUCAACGCAGUUUUAUUCCGAUGAGUAAAGGUUUUUUCAUUGUUAGGUUAACAACUGCAGCAGACAAAGAGAUGAUCCGUGGAUCAAAAUGGAUGGUAAACCAACAGCAGUUACGGAUGAUUGACUGGUAUCCGGGUUUCAAUCCAGAGAAACAACGAACGUCCCAUGCUGCUACAUGGGUAAGAUUUCUGGGUCUUCACAUGGAGCUGUGGACUGAGAGAUCUCUGUUGACGAUAGGGAAAGCUCUCGGAACACCUAUUGUGGUAGAUCAAAGAACUCUUGGUCUUGAGUAUGGCCAUUUUGCUGCUGUGCUUGUCGAUAUAGAUUUCUCUAAACAUAUUCCAGAAUGUAUUCAUCUAUCAGCUGGAGGGAGGAAGUUCUGGCAGUACAUUGAUAUACAACAUUAUCCAAAAUUUUGUUCCAUAUGUAACAUUAUUGGGCAUGAGGAUGAUGAGUGCAAAAGGAAGCUUGCGAAGUCGCAUCCUUCCAUGGAAUCUGAGAAACAACUGGUACGUACAGAGAAACCUGCAAAACAAGUCUGGAAAGAAGUGAAACAUAGAAAUUCAGGUAAAGAAAAUAUUGAAUCAAAUUAUAAUGAUGUUGAAACAACUAUUGUUGUGCUGAAUGAUGAGGAGAAUGUUUUGGAGACAAUCAAACAACUGGAAGAUACCUUCAUAUUUUCUUGA